AGGGAAGAGAGGGGGGGGGGGGGAAGAACUCGUGCUCAUGUUCUGAUCUCUCUCUUUUCUCUGGCGUUCUUACUCACCAUUCAUCAACUCUCUCUCUAUGCAGAGAGACAUAAUUUAAAGCGAGAAGGUUCCAGAGCUGUAAAGGCCGAUUCGAUUGACUGUUUUCGAGUUCCGAAUUCGGAAUAGGUUUUGAAUUCUAAUCGACGCCAUGAGUUCGAAUUCGGAGUUGGUUCAGAGGCUUGAGUCAUUGCUUGGCGUUUCAUUUGGGGGUUCAGUCACGGACUCAAUGAUACUGAUUGUGACGACUUCAGUGGCAGUGAUAUUUGGGGUUUUGGUGCUGGUUUGGAGGAAAUCGUCGGAUCGGAGCAAGGAGGUGAAGCCUCUGGUGGUGCCGAAGCUCUUGGUCAAGGAUGAAGAUGAAGAGCUUGAGGUUGGGUCUGGUAAGACCAAGGUCUUUGUCUUCUAUGGUACUCAGACUGGUACCGCUGAGGGCUUUGCUAAGGCAUUAGCAGAAGAGAUCAAGGCAAGAUAUGAGAAAGCAGCUGUCAAAGUUAUUGAUCUGGAUGAUUAUGCUGCGGAGGAAGAUCAAUAUGAAGAAAAACUGAAGAAAGAGACUUUGUCAUUUUUUAUGGUGGCCACUUAUGGAGAUGGAGAACCAACAGAUAAUGCCGCUAGAUUUUACAAAUGGUUUACCGAGGGAACAGACAGGGGUGCUUGGCUUCAACAACUCAGAUAUGGUGUUUUUGGUUUAGGUAAUCGGCAAUAUGAACAUUUCAAUAAGAUUGGGAUAGUGAUUGAUGAACAACUUAGUGAACAAGGAGCAAAGCGUCUCAUUCCUGUCGGCCUUGGUGAUGAUGAGCAAUGUAUCGAGGAUGACUUUUCUGCUUGGAAAGAAUCAUUGUGGCCUGAAUUGGAUCUAUUACUUCGAGACGAAGAUGAUGCAAAUACUGUAUCUACCCCAUAUACAGCUACAGUUCCUGAAUACAGGCUUGUGAUUCAUGAUCCUUGUGUUACCUCUUUUGAGGAUAACUGCUUGAAUAUGGCAAAUGGGAAUGCUACAUUUGACAUUCAUCAUCCGUGCAGAGUUAAUGUUGCUGCACAAAAGGAGCUUCACAAGCCUGAAUCUGAUAGAUCCUGCAUACAUCUGGAGUUUGAUAUAUUUGGAACUGGUAUAACGUAUGAAACUGGAGACCACGUGGGUGUUUAUGCAGAGAACCUUGAUGAAAUAGUUGAAGAAGCUGGAAAAUUGCUAGGUCAGCCUUUAGAUUUGUUGUUCUGUAUCCACACUGACAAUGAGGAUGGUUCUCCCCUUGAAAGCUCUUUACCUCCUCCAUUUCCUGGACCUUGUACACUUCGCAGUGCAUUGGCCCGUUAUGCUGAUUUGUUAACCUCACCUCGAAAGGCUGCCUUAAUUGCUUUGGCUGCGCAUGCUGUUGAACCAAGUGAAGCAGAAAAACUGAAGUUUCUAUCGUCGCCUCAGGGGAAGGACGAGUACUCAAAAUGGGUUAUUGGAAGUCAGAGAACUCUUCUUGAGGUAAUGGCUGAAUUUCCAUCGGCAAAGCCUCCACUUGGUGUAUUUUUUGCUGCAGUUGCCCCUCGCUUACAGCCUCGUUACUACUCAAUUUCUUCUUCACCAAGGUUAUCCCCUCAUCGUGUCCAUGUUACAUGUGCAUUGGUUUAUGGUCCAAGUCCCACUGGCAGAAUUCACAAAGGAGUGUGUUCAACCUGGAUGAAGGAUGCAGUGCCUCUCGAGAAGAGUCAAAAAUGUAGCUGGGCUCCUAUUUUUAUUAGGCAAUCUAAUUUCAAGUUACCAGCUGAUCCUUCAAUUCCGAUUAUCAUGGUGGGACCUGGAACUGGCUUAGCACCUUUCAGAGGAUUUCUGCAGGAAAGAUUGGCUCUUAAAGAGGAAGGUGCUCAACUUGGUCCUGCACUUCUAUUUUUUGGAUGUAGAAAUCGUAGGAUGGAUUUUAUCUACGAGGAUGAGUUAAACAAUUUUGUAGAACAAGGUGCGAUGUCAGAGUUGAUUGUUGCAUUCUCACGAGAGGGGCUGCAAAAGGAGUAUGUUCAACAUAAGAUCAUUGAUAAAGCAUCUCAAGUUUGGAGCUUGAUAUCACAAGGGGGAUACCUCUACGUAUGUGGUGAUGCCAAAGGCAUGGCUAGAGAUGUUCAUCGAACUUUGCAUACCAUAGUACAAGAACUGGUGAUAGUUCUCUCUGUCUCUGCCAUAUAAAUGAAUGAAUGUGUGGACUCAUCAAAGGCCGAGUCUCUAGUGAAGAAACUACAGAUGGAUGGGCGAUAUCUUAGGGAUGUCUGGUGACAGUUCUAACUUUCCACCUUCUAUUCGUCUUCACUGGCAUUCGUAAAACAAAAUUAGUGGACUUUGUGCGUCCUCAGCUCUAGAAAUUAUAGCAGCCAGAUUUGGACCACCGUGCUGGUAACUGAAUCUAGUUUCCCCCCAUAAAGGUGUAAAAUAUGAUUUGGUAGAUUUUUUUUUCCCUGAAUUUUUCCUUUCUAGAAAGGGUAAUUUUAUUGUAGGAAACAGAGUAUUAGCUGAUUACAAGAUUUAAAAAAACAUACAUAUUUAUCGGAUACCAUUGUAUUGAAUAACUUAUGAAAUAAUGGUAUAGAAGGAUAAGGUCGAAGCCUGCGCCUCAUUUGGGAGAAA